AUGCUUGACUGGGAAGUCAUCAGAGUAGAAAGUGCUAGAGAUGAAGGUUUGGGAAAGAUCAGGUCAGAUUUACUGAAGGAACUGGGUAGCCACCCGAGGUACUUAUUGGAGGGAGACAAACUGCUAUAUCAGGGGAAAUUUGUGAUGCCCUGGACUUCGAUCUACAUCCCAAACUUACUCCAGGAGUUUCAUGGAAGCGCGGUGGGGGGCCAUUCAAGUGUACAGAAGACACACAGGAGGAGGAUUACUAUAGCCGUUAGCUCUACCGGGUAUAGUGUGGGAGGAGAUAUCUAUGAAUUUCAUAGACGGGUUGCCCCACUUAGAGGGGUUCACGGUGAUCUUAGUGGUGGUGGACAGGUUGAGCAAGAAGUGCUGAAGAAGAUUGGGGCUGUAGCAUAUCGACUGAAAUUACCACCAGCGGCGACUAUACAUCCAAUUUUUCAUGUCUCACAGUUGAGGAAGGCCAUUGGUGACUACACAGCCAACCCCGAGCUACCAGGGACACUUACUGAGGAUUUAGAGAUGGUUCUAGAACCCAUAGAGCUGGAGGGGAUUUGCCAGAGUGAAGAUGGAACUAAUAUUGAUGUGCUGCCAGUUCCUGAACCGGCCCAAGGGCCGAUUCGGGUUUUAAGAGGCGGACAUGUUCCGCCUCCCUUGGGUUUGACUGGCCACAUGUCCUUUCGACUGCUACGACUGGCUGUGUAUCAUGAUAAUGACAGUGUUUCUUGGAACCCUGGAAAGAGCUGGGAAGAUUUGAAUCCUGCAGAUUGGAGUGAGAUUUUCCAAGAUGGAAUUGGUGAGCUUGAUGGCGACAAAACUGUGUCUUUAUGGGCAAAGGAUCGGAGAUACUUGGUAUCCCCUAUAAAUGGUGUUCUUAAAUACCAUCGUCUUGGAAAGCAAGAAAGGCAGAACCCCCAAAUUCCUUUUGAGAAAGCCUCACUUUCCCUCACUGAUGUUUCUUUGACUGUUUCUGAGGCUCAGUAUUAUGAUGGCAUAAAAUUACUUGAAGCAGUUUCUACAUAUAAGACACGUGUUGAGGUUUCUCAUUUGAGACCUGUAGUGUCAAUUUUUGAAGAUCCUCAUGCAUGGUGGCGCUAUGCAAUGCUGGCUAGCAUGCAGCAAAAGAAACUUUGUUAUUGGUUAUCCUGGGAGAGGAUCAAGCAUCUUUGUCAACUUCGUCGUUGCUAUGUUCAGAUUUAUGCUUCUUCUUUGCAACAAACAACUAACACACAUGUUUCUUCCUUGCGGCAGAUUGAGAGAAUUCUGGAUUCAAAAGUUAUAUUACUUUGGAGGUUGCUGGCGCAUGCUAAGCUCGAGUCAGUGAAAUCAAAGGAGUCAUCUCAGCAGAAAAGCGCCAUGAAAAGAAGCUGGUGGUCUUUUGGAUGGAGCACAUCCUCCGGGGAUUCUUCUGCUGAAAAUAACUCUUCGGAAUCACAGUUGGUUGAAGAGGAAAUGUUGAUCAGGGAAGAGUGGAAGGCAAUUAACAAAUUGUUGAGUUACCAGCCAGAUGAGGGUACCUUUUCACCUAGAGGGAAGGACAUACAAAAUAUGAUACAAGUCCUGGUUGAUGUAUCAAUAGCCAAAGCUGCUGCUCGCAUUAUCAGUAUCAAUCAUACUGAAAUUGUUUGUGGUAGUUUUGAACAGCUUAAUCUCACAACCAAGAUGUAUCAUAGAAGUAUCCACUGUGACGUGUCAUUGAAAUGCUAUGGCUUGUCUUCACCUGAAGGUCAACUUUCACAGAGUGUUAGCAGUGAGAGAAAGAAAAAUGCAUUGGAGGCCAGCUUUGUUCAUGCUCCUGUUGGGGAGGAUGUUGAUUGGCGUCUUUCAGCUGCCAUUGCUCCAUGUUAUGUUACUAUCUUAAUGGAGAGCUAUGUUCGUUUUAUGGAAUUUGUUAAAAGGAGCAAUGCCAUAAGCCCGACUGUCACGAUGGAAACUGCUACUGCUUUGCAGAUGAAGAUAGAACAAGUGACCCGGAAAGCUCAGGAACAACUUCAAAUGGUAUUAGAGGAGAAGAGCAGGUUUUCACUUGAUGUUGAUUUUGAUGCUCCAAAAGUCAGAAUUCCAAUGAGAUCCUGCCAAUCUUCAGCUUGGAGCAGCCAGUUUCUUCUGGAUUUUGGUCAUUUUACGUUGCAUACUAGGGAAGGUCAACUUGAUGACCACCAGCAAAGUCUUUACUCUCGUUUUUAUAUAUCUGGACGGGAUAUGUCUGCUAUCUUUAUAGAUGGCGACUACAGUGAGAACUGCAUGGUUACUGUUGCACUUGAUAGCCGGAUGUCUCCACUGGAAAAACAAGAUAAUGAUAGCCAGUUCUAUUCUCUUCUUGAUCGGUGUGGGAUGUCAGUUAUAGUUGAUUUGAUUAAAAUACCCCAUGCAAGAUACCCAUCCACGAGGAUUUCUGUACAAGUGCCAAACCUUGGUAUACAUUUUUCACCAGAAAGAUAUAGCAGGAUUUUGAGAUUACUUAAUAUAUUCUAUGGCCCGACUGAAAACAUCAAUGAGAUUAGCAGCGGGCAUCUCCAAACUGGUGCUGCGCCUUGGCUGCCGGCAGAUCUAGCAACCGAUGCUAGAAUUUUAGUCUGGAAGGGUUUUGGUCAUUCAUUGGCUGAGUGGAAGCCAUGUUAUAUUGUAUUAUCGGGUCUGUACCUAUAUGUGUUGGAGACACAAUAUUCUCAGACAUACCAACGAUGUUGCAGUGUGUCUGGUCGGCAGGUACAUGAAGUUUCUCCAUCAACUAUUGGUGGUUUGCCAUUUGUUAUAGCUGUAAGCUCAAGAGGCAUGGAUAUUCAAAAGGUAUGCAGGCCCACUUUUCUUAUGUUGAGCACAUUGUUAUUUCAUGCUUUAUGUUGAACGGUUGUCUGAAAA